AUGGUAGCGCAAGUGGCCCCCCCAACGGGGAGAGCGCGUUCAUCAACGACGACAUAUUCCAUGAGCAAUGUCGAAGAUACUCGAAUCGUGGUUGUCAUGGUUGGUCUGCCCGCCAGAGGCAAAAGCCUAAUAGCUCAGAAAGUCGUCAGAUACCUAGGAUGGCUUUCUAUACGUGCGAAGACCUUCAAUGUUGGCUCCUACCGCCGACAGGACACCCCACAGCCCACGGCCGACUUCUUCGAUACAUCCAAUAAAGACGGCGAGCGUAUGCGGCAUGCUGCUGCGGAAGCCGCGGUGAAAGAUAUGCUCAAGUGGUUCAAGUCGGACGGGGGAAUCGUGGCUAUACUGGAUGCUACAAAUUCUACAAAGGCUAGAAGACGAUGGGUGCGUCAACGCUGCGACGCCAAUGGCAUCGAGACGCUCUAUGUGGAGUCGAAGUGUGAUUCUGAAGAGACCAUCAUGGCAAAUAUCAUGGAGGUCAAGACCACAUCGCCCGACUAUACAGGCCAAGAUCCAGAAGCGGCUGCACUGGACUUUCGGAACCGGAUACGGAAUUAUGAGAAGGUUUACGAGACGAUCGAUGAGGAUGAAAAGGACUUGACAUACGUGAAGCUGAUCGAUGUUGGAAAGCAAGUCAUCAUCAACCAGAUUCAGGAUUACCUGCAAAGCCGAGUUGUCUACUACCUGAUGAACCUUCACAUACGUCCUCGUUCAAUCUGGCUGUCGAGGCACGGCGAAUCCGAAUUCAAUCUUUCCGGCCAAAUCGGCGGCGACGCUAAUAUUUCUGAUCGCGGUGAACUCUACGCCCGUGCGCUUCCCGACCUUGUCACAUCCUCCGUCGGUGACGACCGCCAGCUUACAAUCUGGACCUCCACCCUUAAACGUACAAUACAAACAGCUCGAUUUCUCCACGCAUCCCCAAAAGGCUACGACAAGCUCGAAUGGAAAGCCUUGGACGAACUGGACUCUGGCGUCUGCGACGGCCUCACGUACCAAGAGAUUGCGGACCAGUACCCCGAAGAUUUCAAAGCGAGAGAUGACGAUAAACACAAUUAUCGCUACCGGGGUGGAGAGUCCUAUCGCGACGUUGUCAUCAGGCUUGAGCCUAUCAUCAUGGAGCUGGAGCGCAGUGAGAACAUCAUCAUCGUGACGCACCAGGCCGUGCUGAGGUGUAUCUACGCGUAUUACAUGAACGUGCCGCAGGAGAAGAGUCCCUGGAUGGAGGUGCCGUUGCAUACGUUGAUCAAGUUGACCCCGAGGGCGUAUAGUACGGAGGAGCAGCGCUUUAAGGCGAACAUUCCGGCCGUGAGCACAUUUAGGAGCAAGGGGAGUACGGCGAAACAUCAGUGA